AACAUGAGCCAGAACAACCAAAGUUGGGUGACAGAAUUCCUCUUCCUGGGACUUUCUGAUGAUCCUCAGAUUCAAGUGCUGCUUUUUGUAUUGUUCCUGGGAAUCUACUUAGUUACUGUGCUUGGAAGCUUACUCCUCAUCUAUCUGGUUUUAAUUGACUCACAGCUCCAUACACCCAUGUACUUUUUCCUUUGCAACUUAUCUUUGGCUGAUUUUGGUCAAUCCAAUAGCAUUGUUCCCCAAACCCUAGUCCACCUGCUAACAAAGAAGAAAGUUGUUUCUUUCAUGGGCUGUGCUGCUCAACUUUUCUUCUCCCUUGUUUUUGGAGGUACACAAUGUGCCUUGUUAGCUGUAAUGUCAUAUGACCGAUAUUUCGCAGUCUGUGACCCCAUGCACUACCCUCUCAUUAUGACAGGGAAAAUAUGUGCCAGGUUGAGCUUGGGGUGUUGGACCAGUGGCACUGUAGUAUCCUUGGUAGACACUGCAUUCACUUUAUGCCUCCCUUACCAAGGAAACAAUAGAAUUGAUCAUUUCAUUUGUGAGGCCCCUGCUCUCCUUGCUGUGGCAUCUGCAAACAGCCACAAAGCAGAGACAGCUAUGUUCCUUAUGGGGGUGGUGAUUCUUCUAGUCCCUGUGUCCUUGAUUCUGGCCUCCUAUUGCUCCAUCACAGUUACUGUGCUAAGGAUAAAGACAACAUCAGGCAAACUCAAGGCCUUCUCCACCUGUGGCUCCCACCUCCUUGUGGUCAUCCUUUUUUAUGGAACAGCAAUAAUUGCCUAUAUGACCUCCAAUGCUUCUAAAGAGCAGACUAAGGUGAUUGCUGUGUUCUAUACAGUGAUAAAUCCUAUGCUUAAUCCUCUCAUCUACAGCCUGAGGAAUAAGGAAGUGAAGCAGGCACUCAAAAAUGCAAUCAAGAGAUGGAAAUUCUGA